AUGGCGCAGCCGGCGAAAAAGCGCAAGUUUUUGUCGCUCGAAGACAAGGCUCGCAUCAUCGCACAGGCUGAAGCUGGAAAGAAGAAGGCACUCAUCGCUGAAGAGUUCGGGAUCGCGGCGAGCUCUCUGUCAACUAUAUUGAAGAGCAAGGACGCGAUAGGCAAAGCUCUAGCUUCAGGGACGUCCGCCAAGCAUAAGAAGGUGACCCAGCCAGUGCACGAAGCCUUAGACAAGGCUGUUUACACCUGGUUCGUAGAGACGCGGGCCAAGAAAAUUGCCUUUAGCGGCGAUAUUGUACGGCAGAAGGCGCUGGAUUUUGCCUGCAUGCUCGGCAUUGAUGAUUUCAAGGCCAGCGUAGGUUGGCUAAACAGAUUUAAAUCCCGCCACAGCAUCAUCGGCAAAGUGUUGUGUGGUGAAGCCGCUUCGGCGGAUAAAGACGGCGCUGCCGCGUGGAUGUCGGCCAGCCUUGGAAGCAUCCUUAAGGACUACGCAUCAUCGGACAUAUACAAUGCCGAUGAGACCGGUCUAUUCUACGAAAUGUUACCGAACAAGACCCUGGAUUUUAAGGGGCUGCGCUGUCAAGGAGGUAAAGACAGCAAGAAAAGGAUCACCGUGCUACUGUGCGCCAAUAUGGACGGAUCAGAUAAGCGACCGCUUUUGGUCAUUGGCAAAAGCGCAAAACCGCGCUGCUUCAAAGGAAAUCGGCGCCUUCCAGUGAAGUACGUGGCCAACAGCCGGGCGUGGAUGACCCGUGCAAUUUUUGGAGAGUGGGUCGAGGAAUUCGACCGGGACAUGGGCAGGCAAGGCCGCAAGGUUUGUCUGCUUUUAGACAAUUGUUCCGCACAUUCGAUUGAGGACACGGAGCUCGAGAACGUGCAGCUCAAGUUUUUGCCACCGAACUGCACGUUGCAAAGCGUCAAGUGCGCGUGCCGCAAGCGCCUUAUCUAA